AUGACCUGGCCAUGGGCACUUUUCGUAUCCAGGCCUGAUGAAUCUUCCGAGGUCGUGGACCUGGUGCUGGACAGCGGUGCAUGCGCGAUGCGCUUGCUACAAGCACACACCAACAUGCGGGAUCUUUAUGUCUGCAGCGUGUCCCGGGCCUACCUUACGUACCUCGCCACUAGCGUAUUCUGUCUUAUUGAUGAGAGACUGGGUCCCCCUUUCUGCCAAACCCACAACCUAGCCCGUCUUAACCGCUUUAUCAAAGACUUCCACUCUACUGUGCCGGCUCUGUUGCCCUGCAUUCGAACUUACGCCCAGCACCUGCCCGAUUACGCUGCUAGCCUGUCCAUGUUGGGUCAAUGCGCUCCACUCCUGAAGUUUAAGUUUUAG